AUGCCCAUCUCAAGAGACAACCUCGAGAGCGCGAUCCGCGGCGCUCUGCCCAUCAUCCACCUCGACAUCAUCGACCAGUCGAACGGGUGCGGGGAGAACUACGCGGUGUUCGUCGUGAGCCCGGCCUUCGAGGGCAAGAACACGUUGGCGAGGCAUAGAUUCAUAAAUGAAGUCCUCAAGGAUCAGAUCGCCCAGAUGCACGCCUUCUCUCAGAAAACGCUGACUCCGAAGCAAUACGAAGUGCAGCAGAGCAAGGAGGCAUGA